AUGGGGACGACAAGCGAACAAAGGGACGCAGCGGCGACAACAACGUGGUCAGCUGGCGACAAAAUUCCGCCACAGUUGGCACAGACGGCGUCGACUAGUGGUAUGAAUGAUGGGUCUAUAGCUAUGAUGUAAAACAAGGUUAGAUUAUUAUCAACGCCCGAAUAGGUGGCGCGUGAUUGUCCUAUCACAGGAGGUGAACGAGGUAGGAGGUCAUAAUGGGGUCGUUACCGAGUCAGAAUUUUCGUGAGUCAGAAUUUUCGUUGAAAUGCCGCUUCGAUACAGAUAAAUUUAAAUCGAAUAAAUGCUCUGAUCGAUAAAAAUCAUCAAUCAAGUGUGUUGUUUUUCGACAAAAAACGACUAAGAAAAGUGCGCAAGAGGCCUCUUCCGCUAUGCGCGCAAGCGGGGAACCCAGAGAUACCGCGAGCAAGCGCCGGGGACUAGUUUCCAGUAUGUUUUCGUCGUCUGCAUCAUCCAUUACGAAAGCAGCAAACAAAGAAGCAAGCGAGCCAACUGCCGCAAGAACGUCGUCGAGAAGUGGCAGGCGGGACGAGCCAGCUGAUAUUCCAGCGAAAGCAGUGCUGCCUAUGCCAAGUAGGCUCCCAGGCAAAACGACUGGCGCAGUAGCAGAAGGUCAAACUUCAAAUUCGAAUUCUUCUAACACUACGGGAACUCGGAACCCAACUUCGUCGUGCGGGGACCCGUCCUCACAACGAAAGGAAGCGAAGCAACUCUUCGGUGGUCCGAGUCCCACUCGUAGCCAAGGGGGAGGUUCCGACACUGCGAGCGCAUUUCUGGGCCUUUGGGAUAGUUGGUUCGGCAACGGGGAGUCAGGUGCAAGUUCCAAGACAGACAGCGGAAAUUUCGAAUUUUCUCCAUCCGCUUGGUUUGGCCUCGAAGGGACAACAACUGAAGCAGGAGGUAGUGCAGAAUCGUCGACCACCACUACCGACAGUAACAAGGGUCGGAGCAAGCAUGGGGGCUUUGCUGGAAAUAUGGAGAAUUCAAGACUGCAUUUCCGAGAUAAGCGUCGUGAAGCUGUGGGAACGGCCGACUUUGCAGAUCGGGUUUCGGGAUCCGCAUCACAAUCCUCGACGGCGCCGCCCGCGCCCAGACGGAUUUUGAGUAAUACGUCGACGAUACCAUCCAAGAAUUCGGUGACCGGGGAUGGUAGAACGCGGCUAAAGUCACGUGAUCUAGAAAAUUCCAAUUCGGUCGUUCGCUCUGGAGGCUCCUCGCCGACAAAUGAUAGAGCUAGCAAAAACGCGACUUCGCGAGCAGGCGCGACGGCAAGCACAUCUAGUCAAAAUAAGGACAAUCUCAAGGGAGGUCGCACAUUGUCGACGUCUAGUUCAGGCCAACCUGCGGGUGAUGCAGCACUGAGAUCGUCAAAUCGAGGACGUUCUUCGGCAUCAAGCAGUAGCGGAACCUCCUCGGGGCUGUUGGAACCUACAUCAUUUCCGACGGACAGUCGAAUUCUACUCGCCGAUAGUCCGGUUACUCUGGACUUGUUUUAUCAGCUUGUCAGCUUUCUGCCACUCUCAGUGCGCUUCUCGAAUUGGCUACUGGCCUAUUCGCCUAGCCGCCAUGGCAUCUCAUUGCAGACGUUCUACCGGCAAAUGAGUGACCGCGGAUCCAGUGUGCUUCUUAUGUUGCCUUCUAAUUUUUGCUGGUAGACUAGUAUUGCUAGUAGGUACGUACUUACGACCACGCCAUGACGAUGGAUUUUUCAUAGGUUUGUAGUGUGGACGAGCAGAUCUUUGAAGCUUCUAGUACUGAAGAAACUUUUUUAGAUGCGGAAGGGUCCAGGACCGAUCCAGUGUGGGAAUGUACUUACGUACAAAGGAAAGAUUGUAUGGACCUGUUGUAUCUAUGGGUUAAAUACUGGGCGUCUACUCGUGCUAGAAGAACCCCUCGUCCCGGUUCAUAUCGUUGAUCAAGGACCAGUUUGGUUGUUGGUUUGGCGCGUUUCUUUCAGCAGAGUGGCGGUGUAGCGGUAUGUACUACGGGUCGGGCGAAAGCUUUGUCUUUACAUUAAGGCGAGUACACUAAUGCGUCGAUUAAUCUCAUGAUGUACCGAGGAGCACUUUUACGAUAUGUGAGUUUCUAGCUAGAACUGCACAUGGUUCUUAAUGUGGCAUGCACAGGCUGGGGUUCGUGUUUUUGUCUACAGGUAGGACAGACCACGUAGGAGUCCAGGAGCACACUUCUAACUACAGCCAAGAAGAAUAACUUCACCGUCUAUCCCUGGAGCGCAUUGAACAAUCUUAUUAUGUAUUCGGACGAUCAGAUGAUUGCAGUGGGGGGCGGAGGUGCACUGACUUACCUUCUACAUUCGGUCUUCUGUUGCUUAUUAUCUUCAUCUGAUGAAAAUGACAUCAAUCACAUCUUGCUAGCCCUACUAGCGCAUACUCGUCUGUUCUUUGGAGAUAAUUCGAAAUCACCGGAGCAAGCUCAUAUACUCAAGUGACCUGCCCUUCACAGGUAAAAGUGCGAUCGUGUUGGGCGCGGAUUUUCUACGGGGCACGUCGAGCCCGAAUUGUCAAACAUUUCAGUCUAUGACGCUAGCAACUCAUGAGGACUUUGUAAUCGAGGAGUUAGAGGUGUGGAGCUUUGAUUCUUGGGAUUAGAGUCUUCAACUAGUACUGGUAAAGGUUGUUCAAAACGAGGGAUGGUUGUUAAGCACGUCCCUCUAUCAAACGCUAACCGAGUGGCUGUCGUUAUCACCUUCCGUCACGCUUUCACUUGCCCAGUUGGUUGCUUGAAAAUUUUGUGUCCAUAGAGAGACCCAAGAAAGUCUUUGACGCGUGAAGUUGCUGGAACAAACCACCAGUUUCGAACAAUC